AUGCAUCGUCAAAAGAGCAUUCUAGCCACCAUCUGCAUACAGGCAGCAGUACCUUUGGUGACGUAUCUGCCCUUGUUUCUCUCUAUUCUUAUUGUCGAUAACUCCUGGGGAAUUUCUACAUCAGAAAGCGCACAGUGGUAUGAUAUGGGUGUGGUUCACUACGCGGCUGCUUGGGGUCCAGCUAUAGAUGCUUUAGCAAGCAUAGCAUGCUUGAAGCCUUAUAGGUAGGC